AUGCUCCUCAGAUCCCGACCACUCCUGGAGCAGGAGGAGGCAGACACACCGACAAACAGGGUGACGCGCAGACCGCGCGCACAACGCGCAUCACUUGUCCGCAGAAGUGGAAGACGAGAGGUGCCCGGUCGCCCCAGCAACCAAGUCGCACCUGGAGCUGUCCUAGCGCCUAGUUCUCUCCCGGCCGCAGAGCUGGCCGCCCAGGGGGAGUCGCAGAGUUUGGAAGAUCUCUCUAACACCUCUCGGCCAACUUCAGAAGUAUAUAAGAUCAGCUUUAUCUUUCCAAAUGGAGACAAGUAUGACGGUGACUGUACAAGAACAUCUUCUGGAAUCUACGAGAGAAAUGGAAUAGGUAUUCAUACCACUCCUAAUGGGAUUGUCUACACAGGAAGCUGGAAAGAUGACAAGAUGAAUGGUUUUGGAAGACUUGAGCAUUUUUCAGGAGCAGUAUAUGAAGGACAAUUUAAGGAUAAUAUGUUUCAUGGACUGGGGACUUACACAUUCCCAACUGGGGCAAAGUAUAUUGGAAAUUUCAAUGAAAAUAGGGUGGAAGGUGAAGGGGAAUAUACUGAUAUCCAAGGACUAGAAUGGAGUGGUAACUUUCAUUUUACAGCUGCUCCAGACCUGAAGUUAAAGCUUCACAUGUAGAUGUGAUGUUAAAUUAAAGUUGAAAUGUCGUAAUUGAAGCUUUUAGUUGUAACGAAAGCAACUUAAUCUGUUAUUUGAAAUGGCUUCAUACACUACCCCUAUAAGUUUGCCAAUAAAACCAUCACUUACUUA